AUGUGGUUUUUCCCACUUGUUUGCUACACUUUUAUUCUACUAUUAUCGUUAUUCGGUAUCCAGUAUCAUUUGAACAUCUUCAGUUACCCCUUAUACCUCACUAUCCCAUUGACUUUGGGUGUUUAUAUUCCAUUGUCAAUAAUAUUCACAUUACCAACAGACUAUACGCUUCACAAUACAACGCAAUCGCUGGAUCAACUAAAAUGGAUUGAAAUACCGGAUAAUGCAAUCUUAUACAUUUGGAAAUCAAAUUAUUGGAUCACAUUCAUUCUCACGUGGUUGAUAUUGCCCAUGCUAUUGGAAUUUUACCGGUCGGGUCACAAUGACACCAUACGGAAGAUCAAGGACUCGAUAAAGGAGAACUUGAAAUUUCAACUCAUAAUGUUGGCAGUCUCAAUGAUUGGCUUGGUCUAUCUUAUCAUUGAAGUAGGUUUGAAUUUCAACCAUUUAAAAUUGAUGAUCAUUGCAAUAGCUCAUAUCUAUUCACUUAUACUAGCCACUUGGUUAAUGGGGCACGGAUUAAUUAGUAUACCGAGAAAUAAAUGGAUUCAGGGCUCGGUUGUGCAGGAUUUAAAUCACCAUUAUUUAAAGAUACCAAAAUUGGUCGAUGAGUUGGAAGAUACAAAGAUUUCAUUUAGAGAAGAUGUAUUGAAAGUGAUUGUACUUAGGCAAAAUUACACUUCUUCAUCAGAGGAAGAUUUCAGGUACAGAGAUUGGAUAUUGAAAUUGAACGACUUGAUUCCCGGCGAUAUUAAAGAACACGUUGAGAAACAGUACUUGCAUGAUAAUACAACCAUCGAUAGAGACCAACUAAAUGAUCAAUUCAUGACCAAACUAAACUCACAAUUCAAUCUGAAUUUGCACAGACUUGUUGGUUAUCAAUCGGAAUUUAAUAGACUCGUUUCAAAAGUUAUUCGAUUAGAAGAUGUACUUAGCGCUAUCUCCACCAGAGAGUUGAUAUUCAGAAUCGAUAACCAUCGUGUGUUGUGGUCGCCCAAGUUCAAUUUUGUAUAUUGGUAUUACAUUAGACCAUGGGCAAGCAAAUGCGCCUCUAUCAUUUUAGCGGCAACUUCAAUAAUCAUCCUUCAAUCGGAAUUCUUUCAUUCAACUAAGUUGUCAUUACUCAAUGUCCUAUUAUAUUCCUUUCCAAUAAUGCAAGAUCACUCAUUCUUGCAAUUUGCAUUAUCAUCUUGUAUUUUCUCAUACAUGCUUUUUUGUGCAUUGAACUCAUUAACCCAAUUGAAAAUAUUUAAUAUGUACCAUUUGAUACCCAGAAAUUCCGACCCUGUACUGGCAUGCUGGUAUGCAAUGUAUAUUGCAAGAUUAACCAUUCCAUUAAGCUAUAAUUUUAUUACCCUCUUUGUUCAAAGAGACUCAAUUUUUGAAACUUGGUAUGGUCAAUCAGUUCACCUAACUGGGUUGUUCAACUUGUUGAAUAAUUGGAUACCUAGGUUGAUCCUAGUGCCUGUUUUAUUAGCUAUGUUUCAUGUUUAUGAUAAGUUGAAGAAAAAGAUAGGUCUUGGAGGAGAUUUUGAUUCUUGGAUUUUAUUUGAUGAAGAUGAAGGAAACUUGGAUAGCAAUGAUUUGGGGAAAAGGUCCGACUUACUUAUUGUUGAAGCGAAACGAAUUGUCUCUAGAGAAAUGUCAAGACGCGAGUUACAGCUACGGCCAUUCCAUUUAACUAAUAACUCGGAGAGCGAUAUUAAUCCAGCAGACAUCAAUUAUGAGCGAAAUAGAAGACAGUUUGCUGAAUCUAUCAACAAUCGAAUUGAUAGCUCAAUUGAGGAGGAGGAACCUAUUUAUUAUAAUGGAACAUUGAAUGGUCCAAAAACGGGACUCUGGGGUAGAAUCAGCAGCACAGUUGGUGGAUUUUUUGCAAGAAACCAACAACUACAACAAGAUGAAGAACAGCAGCUAAUUUAUUCUCAAAGACAUUAUAGAGAUGAACCAUUGGAAGCGUUCAACUACGAUGAUGAUGCUAGUGAGCAUUUAACCUUAUAG